AUGGCUCAGAGAGCUGACAGUGAACUGGCUCACUUAGCAAGUGGGUGCAAUUCUGAUGCUAAUUCUAACCCGGGACUGGAUAGUGCCUCUCAUUGGGGCAAAGGUGAGAAGAAGGUUAGUCGGGGAAACUCAGAGGCAGUGAUACCCAUAGACAAGGAGGAGAGACGUGUUAAGAUUCUAGGGAUGGUCAGUUCUCCUCACCCCAACUUCAACAGAAAGCCUCCCAGUGAGGCUGAUGUGACAGCGGACUCAAGUAGUGACAAUGACAAACCAGAGGUUGAUGGUGGGCGCUCUGAGGGCCCACACAAGCAGCUGCUGCUCAAGAAGCAGCAGAGAGUUCUGACUGGAAGGGUCCGCCGUACCCUUACAGUCUCAGAUGGUGAAGACAGUUGGGCAGCUUUCCCUGAGAGCGUAGUAAAGUCCCGCAGGAUAUUCUCUACAUUUCGGCAGCACAGUGACUAUUCUGCUGAGAUUGAGGACUACCCUGUGGAGCAGGAGGGACCACCUAGCCGCCCCAGCAUGUUGUGGGGUGCCCAGAUUCCAGACGUCCCCCCUAAGUGGAUGUCUGCUUUGUACUUUAGUGGACAGAAGGAACAACUGAGGGUCAAUCCAGCAGCUGGCAUUGAGCUUCCUCGGGCUAAGUUCAGUGUUGAACUGUGGGUCAACCCAGAGGGUGGGCAGACUAACCCAGCCAUCAUAGCAGGGGUUUUUGACAACUGCUCCCACUCCUUAAGUGAGAAAGGAUGGUCCGUAGGUAUUCGCACAGUAAAGCCCGGUGGAAGAAAAGAUGCCAGAUUCUUUUUUACACUCCGUACAGACCGAGCUCCCAAAGCUACGACUAUCUAUGGGCAUCAGCGCUACCACCCUAACUCCUGGACUCACCUAAUGGCCAGCUACAAUGGCCACAGGAUGACGCUCUACAUAGAUGGUGCCAAGGUUGGGGAGAGCAGUUUGCAGUCUGGUAACCUCUACAGCCCGUUCAUGGAGACCUGUCGAACACUUCUUCUAGGUGGGGACCAGUCAGACCUUGGGCACAACUUCAGAGGGCACAUCGGAGGCAUUGUGUUAUGGGUGCUCCCCCGCACUCACGAGGACCUUCUUAAAGGGCCUUCUCGGAUUGAUAAGAGGGAACCAAACCUCGCUCUCUGGGCGGACUUCUCCGAGAUAGAGCAACAGUGGAGUCCUCAUAAGGAGGGCCACCACCCAUCCAUAGUCAUCAUCCCUAUCCCUGAGCAGGAGCAUGUGUCCCCCUUUCUGCCCCCUCCCUGUGGAUUAACAACCUGUGACAACACAGACAUCAUCCUAGGCUACAAUAACCACUGGCAGCUGCGUACAGAGAAAAGGAUCCGCUACCGCAUUGUCAACAUCUGUAACGAUGACGGAAGUCGUCCCACUGUCUCUCAGGCCCAGAUCCAGAUGCAGCACCAGGCACUUGUCGAAGCCUUCCAGUCCUACAACAUCAGCUUGGAGCUGAGCACGCAUACUGUCCAGAACACAUCUGUACGCCAGCGCUUCAUCCUCAGCAACUGCCGGAUCAGUAAGAUUGGUAACAGACACUGUGACGCGGAGUGUGACCACCCACUGACGGGCCACGAUGGUGGGGACUGUCUGCAUCUGGGGCCCUGCUACAACUGGAAGAGGAGGGACGGGGUCUGCAACACAGAGUGCAACAGCAUCCACUACGACUACGAUGAUGGAGACUGUUGUGAUCCUGAGGUCACGGAUGUCCUGAAGACAUGCUUCGAUCCAGAGUCCCCAGAUAGAGCCUAUAUGAGUGUGAAGGAACUGAAAGAGUUGUUACACCUGAGCAGCACAGACACCCUAAAUGUUUUCUUUGCCAACAACUCAGCCCGUGAAGAGUUAGCAGGGGCUGCAACCUGGCCAUGGGCAAAGGAGGCCCUCAACCAUCAGGGUGGAAUGGUGAUGAAUCCAUCCUACUUUGGCACCAUCGGACACAAUAACACAAUGAUCCAUGAGAUGGGCCAUAUCUUUGGACUGUACCAUGUCUUCAAGGGGGUCAGUGAGCGGGAGUCCUGUGAUGACCCCUGUCAGGAGACCACUCCCUCCAUGGAGACAGGAGACCUAUGUGCAGACACGGCCCCUACACCCAAGUCUAAGGCCUGCCACGACCCUGGUCAUGUCAAUGACACCUGUGGGAUAACGCUCUACCAGGACACACCAUACAACAACUACAUGAGUUACACAGACGAUAACUGCACCAACCAUUUCACACCAAAUCAAGUGGCUCGGAUGCAUUGUUAUAUGGAUCUAGUCUACGAGAACUGGCUGAACAACAGAAGGCCCUCCCCCAUCCCUCUCAAGCCCAUGGUGAUUCGACAGAGCUCAGACUCGGUCUCCAUUCAUUGGCUGCCACCUGUAAGGGGGCCACUUCAUCAAAGUUCCCCUACAGUGGAUAGUGUAAACUGCAGGGACUGUGAGGCAGAUGGUGUGUUCCAUCAGUAUGCCUAUGAGGCCACCUCGCCCCGGGUCUGUGACUCCUCCGGAUACUGGACACCUGAAGAGGCUAUUGGCCCUCCAGAUGUAUACCAGCCAUGUGAGCCCAGCCUACAGGCCUGGAGUCCAGAGCUCAGCCUGUAUGAUGCCAAUGUGACGUCUCCCUGCCCUGAAACCGAGGGCUGCGUCCUGAUGCUGCGCUUCCUCCACCCUGUGGUCCCUGACAGCCUCACUGUGUGGGUCACAUACGUCUCAGCCGAUAACCAGGCAAUCGCCAACAUCGAGCUAAUAACAGACACAGACGAGUCUCUUGACAUGGGUCCACAGCACGUCUUCUGUGAUGUGCCCCUCACUCUACGUCUGCACACCGGAAAAAGGGUGGCAGCUGUCAAACUGAGCACCUUUGAUGAGAAGAUGGAGAUUGAUGCUAUCCUGUUCACUUCUGGCCCCCACAAUCCUCUCUGCUCCAGUUGCCAGCCUCUGAUGUACCGAGUUGUCAGGCAACCAGCGUUUUCAGGCGAUCUGGUCCAGCAAACUCUGCUUACAUUUACAGACAGCGACAUUGUAAAGGACAAGGAAUACCAGUACAGAGUUCAGGUGGAAGCAGACGGUCUCCUCAGUGAGCUCUCCCCACCUCUCCUCUACACCCAUGGAGCUGCCUACUGCGGAGAUGGACUACUCCAGGGGAGAGAAGACUGUGAUGAUGGCAAUCUGUUGGAUGGUGAUGGCUGCUCUAAGAAGUGCCACAUGGAGUCAGGCUUCAAUUGCAAUGAUGAACCCAGCCUGUGCUACGUGUUUGAGGGUGAUGGUGUGUGUGAGGUGUUUGAGAGGGGUUCCAGCGUACAGGACUGUGGUUACUUCACACCUCAUGGGUACAGUGACCAGUGGGCUUCAACCGCAGCAGCUUCCUAUCAGGAUCAAAGCAGCUGCCCUGCCCUGGGAGCCACCGGAGAGCCCUCACUUAGCAAGCUAUGCAAGCCCCAGUACCUGGAGAUGAAUGAGAAGCCGUCACUUGACAUAUGGUUUCCAUGCACGGCCCAGUCAUACACUCAGACCCACUAUGGCGAGGAAGACACAGUAUGGCUAAAGGUGGGAUUUGCGCAACCUGGUGUCGCCACGUCUGUCAUCAUCUAUCUGGCCUCAGACGGAGCCUGGCCUGGAGAGCAGUGCAGGAAAUCAGUCUUCAUCCAACUGUGUGAUACUGGUGGCAGAAACCACUCCUUGGGUUCCUUUGAGCUGUCGUGCCAGCAGAAUCCCUUGGUGGUGAAUGUGACACACAACCUGAGUCAACCCUUCUUCCUGACUACCGCUGUAAUCCUCAACUUCUCCUCGCCCCUUGUUGCCGUGACGGGAGUCGCUCUACGCACAUCAUGUCACUUCAGCGCCUUUGCCCUCACUAGCUGUUCACGACGGCCCUGCCAGACGGACACAUGCAGUUCUCCUCAGCUGGAGCAUGCCUCUAUCACCUGCAGCAACGGGACAGAGAGGACUGAGUCCUCUCACUGCACUGUCCACUGUCAUCAAGGUUUUACCCUCACUGUGCUCAGUGGCAAGGGCCAUCCAACCUUUCAGCGAGAAAUGGAGCUUCAGUGUGUACAUGGAGCAUGGGACCGUGUUGUGAGCUGUCAGCCAAUCGACUGUGGCCCCCCUGAACAGUCUCAUGUCUACUUUGCCGCCUUCAGCUGCCCCUGGGGCACAACAUUUGGCAAGCAGUGCUCUUUCACCUGCAACCCCCCCGCCAUACUCCAGGGAGACAGUGAUAGGUUGGUGUGUUUAGAUGAUGGUCUAUGGUCCUUCCCUGAAGCCUACUGUAAGAUAGAGUGCCCAGAGCCUCCAACAGUACCCAACGCCAAGCUCCUAGGGCCCCAGUGCGAAGGUACAGGGCAUGAUGUGGGUACCGUAUGCCGUUACAAAUGUAACCCAGGUUGCUAUGUUACUGGCAGCCUAAAAACAAAGUCCAGAAAAAGGUUUCUGAAGGUGGAGUGUGUAGAGGGGGGCCAGUGGGAGGAGGGGGGCUGUGAACCCAUUCCCUGUCCAUCUCUACCUGCUGUCUAUGAGGGCAUGUUCACCUGCACCAACGGCAGGCACUACAACAGCCUCUGUACCCUCCAGUGUCCUCAUGCCUCGGAAAACCACACAAUUCGCUGCACUAAAGAUGGAGAGUGGACAGAGAAGUUCACAAUGUGUACAAGGUUGAAUGAAGCCUGCCCACCUCCACCUGAUGUCAAUCGGAUUCAGUAUGCCUGUGACGAGGGCUUCAGUGUUGGUGCAGUUUGCUACCCAACAUGCAGUGCGGCCUUGCAUGACCCAGUGGUUCUAGCCAAUAGCACCACAGCAGACAGCGUCAAGCACUGGAUGCUGCCAGGCAGGGUUCAGGACAUUGUUUGCACAGGAAUGACGAGGUGGCAUCCUGACCCCAAACUCAUCCACUGUAUCCAGUCAUGUGAGCCCUUUGGGGGAGAUGGUUGGUGUGACACCAUCAACAACAGGGCCUACUGCGAGUAUGAUGGAGGGGACUGCUGUCCAUCCACCCUCUCAACCAGAAAGGUCAUUCAGUUUGGGGCCGACUGUGAUCAGGAUGAAUGCACUUGCCGUGAUCCAAAUGCAGAGGAGAACAAGAGCAAAGCCAAAUACUUGGAAGCAGGACUGCUAUGAACGAUGGAACGGGAUAGGCCAAGGCUGGCUCACAAUGAAACAACAAGAUGAACUUCACCCCUGGUCAUUAUGUAUUUCCAGUUUGUUUUCCUAUUAGAGAGCAAUGAAGGCUAUCUCUUUUAACCAAAAAUAAAAACAGUCUUUCAAGAUUUUAGGAUUUCAACACUAUAAAUAAUCUGUAAAGACGACUAACUUGUAUAGAAUAAUAUAUUUGGGAAAUGUCUAAUGUCCCAUGUAGAUGUAGUUACGGAAGUCUACAGUAUUUCAACAUCAUAUCACAUAAUACACAUGUAAGCAUAUCAUAGGUACCUAACUUAACACUUUAUGCUUAGAGAGUUGUAAGAUGUAGCAGUUUUCUCAAGAAAUAUUCUAAACAAAUAUUAUACCUAAGUGUCGUCUUGUUCUGUGUGAUACUAUACUGUAUUUUACUCUUGAUAAUUGAAUAAACUGUAACUUUGUCAGAUGCUGAUUUGA